AUGGAUUACACCGAAGAGCAGGCACUUGCUCUCCUCACUUGGCACAAGUUCGAUCUCCAGCGAGCCGCUGCUGACUUCCACAAUUUCAGUCCCCGGAAGUACGACUGGACACACAAAGAGCGUCGCAUCUUCUUCGCAGCCCUCGACUUCUACUGCAAACAGUUCCACAAAGUGAAAAAGCUGUUUCCAAAGCGGACCACCUGUGAACUCGUGCUCUUCUAUUACCUCAACAAACGCAACCAGCAGACGCUCUACGAACUCACCUUGCAUGGGCCGCAGUGGGCUGCCCUGCAUGCCGCUGGCUUCCUGGAUGCCGGCUCUUCUCUGCAAUCUAUUGAAGAACAGUUGACCCUGUCCGACCUGCGGGAACCUGCAAGCGAGGUAACUGUCCCCUCUUGCUUUCCUGUCUUUGUGGAACCCUCCCUAAUCGCAAUCCCCAGUCUUAAUGAUAUCGCAUUAUCUCUCAGACCUGAAUACUUAAUUCUGCCGCCCCCUCCCCUCUCCCACGUCAUAUACAGCGCUUUCUGUCAUGCCUGA